GAUUGCUUUUGCUUUACUAAUUAUAAUAACAUAGAAAAUCAAGAAAAGCAUCAUCCUCAACAAACAUAAAUAUCCAUAACUGUCUGAAAAUUUUGAAACCAUACAAACACAGAAUGAGUGGAAUGAUGAAAUCUGUGGGUGCUUCGGCGGUGGUGAACAUCCCCACUGCCGCCGCCGCCGCCGCCGCCGCCACCACAACAACCCAGCUCCAUCACUCCGCACAAUGCUUCCCAUUUCUGUCAUUUCCACAACAUUUGCCCAAACUCACUGCUAACUGUGUCAGCUGGAGAAGGACCAGCUCGGUCCGGACAUCCGUUGCUGCUGCGAAUUCUUCGGAUACUGUCGAGAAGGAAGCGGAAAGUAAGAAGACAUACCAUUUUGUGGUUGCAAAUGCAAAAUUCAUGUUGGAUGAUGAAGAACAUUUUCAAGAGCAGUUAUUCGAAAGGGCCCGUCUUUUCAAAGAGAGGAAUAUGGAGCAGGAUUUUUGGCUCGUGAUCGAACCAAAGUUUUUAGAUAAGUUCCCUGACAUUACUAAGAGACUCAAGAGACCUGCGGUUGCUUUGGUGUCUACCAACGGUACAUGGAUCAAGUUUAUGAAGUUGAGACUAGACCGAGUUUUGUUAGAAAGUUUUGAAGCAGAAAGUCUCGAAGAAGCAUUGGACUCAAAUCCUGCUAACCUAGAGUUCGAGAAACCUAAAAAUUGGGUAGCACCAUACCCCAAAUACGAGUAUGGUUGGUGGGAGGAUUUCCUGUUAUCAACUGCUCAGAAGCAACAAGUAUGAGAAAUCACAUAUAGAUUACAAAAUGCUUUGGUGUUUUCUGCUGAUAUCUAGAGCUCACUAGACGACGCCUAAAGGUGUCUAAAUGUGUAAAACGACGGUUGCAGGAUCGAUAGGAAGGUGUGUAUGUUUGAGGUUUUAAGAAUAUUAAGCUAUGUCUGUAAGUUUAACUUUUUGUCGAGAUGAGUUUAAAUGUUUUAAAUAUGAUUUAAGGCCAUGACCUUUGGUUU